CCCGGGCGCGGAGCGGUGCGGGCCGAGCCGAGCCGAGCCGAGCCGGGCCGAGCCGAGCCGCGCGGGCGAGCGGGCGGGCGGGCGCGGAGCGGAGCGGGGCGGAGGCGGAGCGCUGCGAUGUGCAGGAUGUCCUUCAAGAAAGAAACACCACUUGCCAAUGCUGCAUUUUGGGCUGCAAGAAAAGGAAACCUGGCUCUGCUCCAGCUGCUGCUGAACAGUGGGCGAGUAGAUGUGGACUGCAAAGACAGCCUUGGCACAACAGCUCUGAUGGUAGCAUCUUACUAUGGCCACAUAGAUUGUGUACGGGAAUUGGUGUUGCAAGGAGCAGAUAUCAAUCUGCAGAGAGAGUCAGGUGCAACCUCUCUGUUCUUUGCUGCACAGCAAGGCCACAACGAUGUAGUGAAGUUUCUCUUUUCAUUUGGAGCCUCCACUGAAUUUAGGAAUAAAGAUGGAGGCACAGCUCUGCUGGCUGCCUGUCAGUACGGGCAUGCAAAAGUCGUGGAAACUCUGCUGAAGCACGGUGCCAACAUUCACGAUCAACUCUAUGAUGGAGCUUCUGCAAUUUUCUUGGCAGCACAAGGAGGAUAUCUGGAUGUCAUCCGAUUGCUGCUUUCUUCAGGAGCAAAGGUCAACCAGCCACGACAGGAUGGGACAGCUCCCCUGUGGAUUGCCUCGCAGAUGGGUCACAGCGAAGUGGUGCGAGUGAUGCUGCUGCGGGGAGCUGAGCGAGACGCCGCGCGCGAUGAUGGCACCACUGCUUUACUGAAGGCUGCCAUUAAAGGCUACAACAAUGUGAUAGAAGAGUUGCUGAAAUUCUCUCCCACACUUGGCCUGCUGAAGAAUGGGACCUCUGCUCUGCAUGCAGCUGUGCUGAGUGGCAACGUGAGGACAGUGGCGCUGCUCCUUGAGGCAGGAGCGGAUCCGUGCCUGAGGAACAAGGCAAAUGAAUUACCAGCAGAGCUAACAAAAAAUGAACGCAUCCUCCGACUCCUCCGUGCAAAGGAAAAGCAAAGGAAAAGCUAAUGCAGCCCUACAGCAGAUGCAUUUUGACAGAGAUGUGCCCUGACCACAAGCAGCAUGACAGUAAUCCUAGGUUGGAACAGUUUGAGAACUGAUUAGCCUGUCCAAUACACGCUCCCUGAACGCACCAGGCCCUUUCCAAGGGUCACCACGGGCUGGGAACUCCGCCCGGCAUUGCUGAAUGCAGGAUCGUGCUGAGAGCAGGGGGUGGCCCAGGAGCUGCCUCUGCACCACACCCCUGCCUGUCCCCAGGGAUCCCACUGAUCCCAGCACCCCCAAUUGCUCUCCAUGCAUCCCAGCACAGGCAAGCACCCCUGCUGCUUCAGACACACACCCCCAUGCUGUCAUGGCACACACCUGUGACAGUGUGGGUAGGGAGCACUUGCCCUUGUGCCUGGACCUUGCAGCUGUUUGAAUUCAGCUGCUUACAGAGCAGCCCCUGCCCUUCCUUUGCUGACAGUGACCAUUCCUCUCCAGCUCCAAGUGCCACGUGAGACUAGAGGUGAGAUGCUGCCCAAGCCAUCACAACAGCAAAAGUUCUCCUGUCAGCCAGGGCUGAGGUAACAGUUUUGCUACUACGUGAAGCUCCAUAAAAAUGAUCAUGAAUAUUACACAUGAUGUCAAAAGCUACCAACCAAACAAAAAGCAAGGGGAAGUCCUCUCAAUUGCAGCAUCUUGAUCUGCCAAUCUGUCCAGCAACAGUAACACAGUGGAGCAGUUGGUUUUGAGAUGCCUAUGCAGCUUAUGGGGAUCCUUCCCCAACCUUGUGCGCCUUUUUUUGGGUAGAGGAAGACUGGUUGCUGAGCAAACCAACCAUGUCCAAAAGGGCAUUUUUCCACAGGUGCAAGUACAUCAGAAACUGAGCUGUCAGGCACAACAAACCACACAGAUGCUACACAAGUGGUAUGUGUAUGUUCUGCACCCAGAUAUGUGACACCAUGGUUUGGUACCCAGAGGUACUAUGCAAAGCACUCAUUCCCCAGGUCUGUGGCAGGAGCUAAGGGAGAAGUGCACAGUGCACAAAUGUUUCAACAGUUGGUGAGAGGGUUACAUGUGGCCAUACCUGAACAGACCCACUAAUUAUUGCAGACAUGGAAAAUGAAGUCUGAAUGGCAGUUUUGGCCUUUACUGUGGCUAAGACACUUAGACAUGCUACUAGUGCCUGUGUGGGGAAGGCAGUGCAAAUUGCAGGUGGCUUGUGAGGACCUAUGUUUUAACCAUGUUGCUCUAAGACACCCCAUUAAAACCCAGUCAUUUCUGCAGUAUAAACAGUAUAUACCAUGUCCUGUUAGCCACAAAAACAUUAGAGAUUAAUUUACAGUGAGUUGAGGUAAGAGGUUAGUUCAGUACAUAAAUCCAGUCACUUCACCUACUUUCAAACCUUGGCAAAUUAUUGAAUUGCUUUAAAAGCUGAAGACAAGGAAGAUUGUAAAGACAAAAUAUAAUUCUUGCUUAAGAAAUGUCUGCCUGUGUUUUAGCUGAACUGCUGCAUUUUUGCUUUGGUGAGUUAAAGGAAAUCUAUAAGUGAGCUAACGCAAAUGAAUGUAGUUUAUGUAUUGCAAAGUAGCCAUAUGAAUUAUCAAAUGAUAAAGUUAUUCCUUUUGUGAAUAAAUUAGGUAAGAAGUCAGUGUUCUGGUGAAGAGAACAGAACCAGGUGUACCUUUUCUUGCAUGUUGGAAUUCCUAUUCAAUUUCUAUUCUGCAUUAAAUAGGAAAGCUUUAAGUUUUCCAACAACGUAAUAAGAAAAAAAAUAUUUGUUGAGGUAAUUUAUGCUGCUGUAUUUUUAAAUUAAAAUAAUGUUGUGCCUAACAGAAACUUGGAGAUGAACUGGUAUAGAACCAAAGAAUUAUGCAAGAUGCUUAAAGAAUGACUGUAUCCAGAGUUAAGUUCUGCAAGAGACUAAAAAAUACUGAGCAGGCAGAAAUCUCAAGAGCCUUAUUGGGAUCUUAAAUUGCACAGCAUUACAAGGGACUGCACUCUAACUUCUUUAACAAACAACACUGGAGAGGGCAGGUUUAUUUGGAGCCUCCAGUGGGUUGAAGAUGAACACACUUCACAUACUAUUUUGGAGAACAGUAGAGGGACUCUGGUCAGCCUGGCCUCAAUACUGAACUUUCAUGCUAAAUUUUCUACAGAUCAACAACUGGCAACAACUACACUCUCAAGGUGAAAAGCCCUUUCAUAUUUGUAAAGGAGUUAAUAAUUAGAAGGUCUUCAGUAGCUAUGCAAUAAAUACUCUUAAUACCAGACAGGCUGUAGUAAUCACACAGUCCUCCUGAAAAAUGUGGAAGCAUCCCUUUUUGGUGAAGGUCUCCUGUUUUUUCCUGAUAGCAGAGCAUAGGAGAGAGGACAAGAAAAGCCAACAGUGGUCCUGCAACAGCUGAAGUAAGGAAGCUGAGACAACAAAUGCAGGUAUCCAGUAUCUACAGGUGGCCCUUCCUUUCUGCAAGGUGUAUUUUCCUGGGAGAGUUGUCUCAUCCCAAAGGAAGCAGUUACUCAGCAAAGAGCUUCUUCAACUAUGCCUGUCCCUGAGAAGAUGUAUGUCUGGUCCUCACCACUUAGAGUAGGAAUUUCCAAGUCCUGUGUCCAGCUGCCUCUAUGAGUGGUCAGUGCAGCUGGGGAUCUCUUGAAAUAUGUGAAGAGCACCUGGGUCCCUGUGUCCCAUACAGAGCAUCUGCUGACCUUCUGAGAGGAUGCAGCUACCAGGUUUGGGGUUUUUUGGUUGGGUUUUUUUGUUGGGUUUUUUUGUUGGGUUUUUUUUUUUUUCUUUUUUGGUUGGGUCUGUUUAGUUUGGUUUUUUUGGUUUUGGUUUUGGGGUUUGUUUGAGUGAUCUUUUGCUAUAAUGGGCUUUUCUUAUUUCUGAACAACAUUUGAAAUGUGAGGCUAGCACAGGUUAAAGGGAGAGAUUUGCUGGUCUCUUCUUGCCCUUGUUAGUGCUGGCUGAUACAACACACAGGAUCCAUCACAGAGAACUGGCACUGAAGUCUUUCUCUGCCUGAUUCUGGCUGAAGUUGAAUCUAGCUUCGGCAAAGACACUAUUCAACCAAAAUGAGACUUCUGGCAUGGAAACCUUCUAUUUGGGAGCAUUUGUUUCAUCUUGGAGCCUUUGGCGAGAGGGAUGGUUUCUGUUUUGGGCUCCCUGUAACCCAAAGGUGCUUAAUCUGCCUGUAUAUGGGCUCUAAAGUUGCAAUACUGUUUAUCACCAUGCAAUUAAUGUUUUCACGAAGAAACCUUAAUAAUUAUUACUAUUUAUGUAGCUGUUGUUAUCUUUAAAGUGUUCAGUAAAUACUGCUGUGGUUUGUUUGUUGUAUUAAAAAGGAAGCCCGUUUUC